AGUAAUUAACCAUGCAGCCGGCAGCCAUGGGGUGUCAGGAAUAUUCAUGAAAUAUGACAUCAGUUCACUUAUGGUGACAGUGACAGAAGAACACAUGCCUUUUUGGCAGUUCUUAGUGAGGCUCUGUGGCAUUAUUGGGGGAAUUUUUUCAACUACAGGAAUUUUACAUGGCUUUGGAAGAUUUGUAGCAGAAAUUAUUUUUUGCCGUUUCAAACUGAACUCAUAUAGAUCCGCAUCGGUCUCACUUCCUGAUGGCCACACAAGCAACCACUUACCUCCAGUUACAGACAAUAGUACGCAUUAGCCUCCUGAGAAAACUUUCUUUCUUCCUGCCUGAUACAGAAGACAAUUUUUUAUAAUUAAAAAAACCGUUGUGCAAUAUUCUGAGACAGUGAUGACAGGCAGCAAAAAAUGAAGCCUUUACAAAAAAAAAC